AUGUCACCAUUAGCCAAGGAUUAUCGACAAACGCUCACAAGUCUGAAGCACACUGCACCGAUUGCAUCCAUGGCGCUCUUACUCCAGCCGAAGGCGCCCCAGCCGGAUUGGCCGGGACUGUUCAACAGCGGACGAUACUAUCCUGUUCUUGAUCGCCUAUUUCGUCAUUUGUCGAUGGCCGACUACAUUACCCUGCGCCGUGUCAGCAGGGCCUUUGUAAGCCUAGACGAGUAUGUCCAACGGCAGUUUUGGAACAGCGAAACCUGGUUGGCGACAUUUGUGCGCGAAGUACGACACUUUCGAGAGCGCAUACGGGAAAGCGAUGCCAUCAUUGCAGGCCCGUAUCUCCUUAACUUCUUUGCGCUCCACAAACAUCCACAGCAGCGGAGCGCCUUGGACAUCUACGUCGCCACCAAAGCCCAGGCAGAAUCGCUUCAGAGUGUCCUGUUGUAUGAGCAGUAUGCCCCGGUCGAUCCGGAAUCUGGGUUCAACAAGACCACGAAAAGGUUCAUGUGGAGGCACAUAGACCGCCAAAACAUAGAGAUAUGUCUCCACGUCACGGACCGUACCCCCUUACUGUUCGUCCUCUUGAACGCGUCCAUGACGGCGUGUCUCAACUUCAUGACCGCGGACAGGGCAUACUGCAUGUUCCCGCGGUUGACGUUUGUGGACAGCAAGGUCCUUCCACUCCGACCAAUGGGGGACGAGGUUGGCGCCGCGCUGAGCAAGGCUGAAGACAUCCUGGGCUGGGGAACAGAGAACUACCUCUGGCCAGAUCAGAACCCCGGCAUGGUCUCUCGAACCAGUGGGCCGCGGCGUGUCGGAGAUCGCGACACGCUCGUCGUCUCUCUGGAGCAGGACAGUUCCAGGAAGAUGAGGCAUUGUCCCUUGGAGAAUCACCAGUUCCACAUCACGCGUGAUCGAUUUGGAGGUCGUCGCCCCUCGCGCACCCGCAGCCAACAGGCCAAUUUGUCAGAUCUAUCCAACUAUACCCCACAGGUCCUCGCACAGGACAUUUUCUCCCCGGUUCUCCGGGAUCGCUGCCUGACGGGGACGCCUCUGUGGCGAUCAUUCCUGACGGAUCGGCUCCGGCGGUGGGCAAUGGUCGAGAUGUACAAGGUUGGGCGAGACAACAUGCCGCCGCGGCUGAGGAGUGACAUCUUUGCCAGUACCAUGGCGCCAAUACCGGACAGCGUGGUUAUACCUGAGCCGUGGCGGUUCGCGGACGAACAGGUGCAGGACUGGUACGAGGCGUGGUGCAAAGACGAGGCUGCCAAGCUGGCUUAUCGGGAUGCGCCACGUUGA